AUGUUACAAAGUUACUUAUCUUCCAUUAUAUGUGGUCUAAUAACAUCAUUUUGUAACUCUAUAGUACCACAUGGUUCUUUUGGGCUUUCAAAAGAAGGUAGAAGAGCUGAGAAGUUUGCUCUUUGUGUUCGUCUAGCUGUGUGGAUUCCUUUAUAUAUACUUGUUAUACUAUUACUUUUAAUUUUUUCUAAAACAGGGUGGUUCGUAACUAUGAUCGCUUCUACAAGUAUGCAACCUUAUUUUGAGGCUCCUUCUAUUAUGUUGUGUACAUUAGACCCUAAUGAGGAUUCUUUAGUGAAUAGUCUUAGAAAUCAAGAUUUUCUAAUGCUUGAAGAAAUAAUGUCUUUUAACAAAACAGAUGUUUAUAUUUUAUUACGAUCUCAAGGGUAUAUUGGCUAUUCAAAAGCUUUAAUUAGAAGAUGUGGAAUGAAAUGUUUUUGUUUUGAUACUUCUGAAGUUAGUUAUUCAUGUCACAACACUGAUUUUAUGGCCCAACGCCUUUAUGGAGUUUAUCUUUUAGGAACAAGUCAAUGUAAUAAUAAACAGAAAAUUAGGACUCCCUUAACUUUUUCAGGACGUUAUAAUAUGGACUUUCUAGAAUUAUGGAUGUUCCAUCAUAUUAAGAUAGAAAAGAGUAUGGUAAUCAAAGUAGGUUUAUAUAGUCCUUAUUUAUCCUAUUUAUAUGAUGGCUUCCCAAGAAACUUAUCAUGGAAUGUAAUGAGAUUUGGAGAUGCAACUAUUUAUCUACUCCGUUUGACAAGGAUCAACAUAGAAGAUUUUACUUUUCAUAGUCUUAUUAAAACUAUUUUAUCUUGGUCUGAUCGAUCAAUUCCUCAAGGUUACUAUACUUAUAAUAUACAGUCUGGGAGACUAGAAGAUGGAACUUUCGAUAAUUUGGAGUUUGCAAGAGAAUCCCUUAUUAGUAUUUGUUCAAAUAUAGAGAUUUCAAAUUAUAAAAGUGCAACAGUUCUUCAUAUUGAGGCAGCAAGUAAAUUUACACGUGAAGUUCAUAAUAUUGGUCAAUCGAUGUCUUUAGUUGUUUUUAUCGGUUGGCUAAUUAUUUUAAUAGUUUUAGUGAAUAAUGUAGGGGUAUUCCACAUUUGUUUUCGUCGCAAACAGUCCACAAUAGAUAACAAGUCAGGAAAGAUUCGCCUACGUGUUACAGGAGUUGUUAAAGCUGCAAGCUGCUACUUAUUAAGUGAGGAUCAUAACUAA